AUGGUUGCUGUGUUCAACAAAGAUCUUCUGAGUUGGUAUCUGAUCACACUAAAACUCAAUGAAACAGUCGGAGCCGGAGUUCCAGACGGUCAAAAUCCGGCGACAUCCGGCGCCUCUACGUCGAGAUCAAUUGAAUUUACAGAGCCCCAACCACCACCUCAACAGCAGCUGCAGGAAGAAAAGCAUCAACCCUCUGAUUCAUUGCAAGUAGUGAUCAAAGAUGAAACUGCCAGAGUUGAAGAAGGUCCCAAAUCACCAGAAUCUGAUUGGGUGAUUAGCAUCAGGCAAAAACUGGAUCAUGCUUACCAAGAUGAUAGUGCAAAUACUUGGUCCAAACUCUGCAUUUACAGAAUACCUCAAUAUUUGCGAGAGGGAAAUGACAAAUGUUUUCUUCCUCAGAUUGUUUCAUUAGGACCUUAUCAUCACAACAAGCGAAGACUACGAAACAUGGAUCCUCACAAAUGGCGCGCUGUUUCACAUAUCCUCCAGAGGACCAAUCACGACAUAAAACUAUAUCUUGAUGCAGUGAAAGAACUCGAAGAAAGAGCUCGGGCUUGUUAUGAAGGACAGAUUUGCCUCAGCAGUGAUGAGUUCGUGGAAAUGAUGGUCCUUGAUGGUUGUUUCAUUCUGGAGCUGUUUCGCGGUGUCGCGGAAGGGUUCAGUCAAUUGGGGUAUUCGAGAAGUGAUCCCAUCUUCUCGAUGCGUGGAUCAAUGCAUUCCAUUCAAAGGGAUAUGAUAAUGCUGGAGAAUCAAAUUCCUCUGUUUGUACUGGAUCGUCUGUUUGGCAUUCAAGUUGGGCAGCCUGAUCUUAAAGGCAUUGUAAGCAAGCUUGCUUUAAGGUUUUUCGAUCCUUUAACGCCGACUGAUGAGCCUUUGAGUAAAAGUGAUAGGCAUAAACUUGAAAUUUCUAUGGGACAUACCUCUGCUUUUGAUCCACUAGCAGACUUUGGAGGGGUACAUUGCCUGGAUGUCUUCCGGAGGAGUCUACUGAGAUCAGGGCCUCAACCAACUCCAAAAGUUUGGGUGAAGAAAUGGUCUAAUUCCCACCGGGUUGCAGAUAAGCGCCGGCAGCAGCUCAUUCACUGUGUCACAGAGUUGAGAGAAGCCGGAAUUAACUUUAAGAAACGGAAAACAGACCGGUUCUGGGAUGUCAAAUUCAAGGAUGGAGUCCUCAAGAUUCCUCGGCUUCUAAUCCAUGAUGGUACGAUGUCCCUUUUUCUCAACCUCAUCGCCUUCGAACAAUGUCAUCUUGACAGCACCAAUUACAUUACAUCGUAUGUGAUCUUCAUGGAUAACUUGAUCAACUCCCCCGAAGAUGUGAGCAUUCUACAUCAUUACGGAAUUAUUGAGCAUUGGCUUGGUAGUGAUGCUGAAGUAGCUGACCUGUUUAAUCGACUGUGCCAAGAAGUGGUUUUCGACAUAAGUGACAGUUAUCUUUCGCCGUUAUCGGGGCAAGUAAACCGCUAUUGCGAUCAUAGAUGGAACACUUGGCGGGCAACUCUUUGCCAUAAAUAUUUCAAUAACCCUUGGGCAGUUAUCUCAGUUGUUGCUGCUGUGGUCUUACUGGUGCUAACGUUUGCACAAACAUUUUAUGGAGUUUAUGGCUAUUACAGACCACCAUCUUAA